GGGAUGCUAGGGAAAUGGUUGUCAUCGCGGGAUAAUGAUGCUCCGGAGGCUUUCAUCCUCAAAAUGGGAACGGAAUGGUACUGGCGAGCCCAGUCUAUGAGGUGAUGCCACCUGUAACGACAGCAGACUGAUAUUUGAAAGGGAUGGCUAUUCGAAGGAUUAUGCACUGUGGAAGACAUUUGGUUUGAUACCUGUGACUCGAAAUCCUGACUGUCAGUGACUACAAAACGUGAUCCUGGUCUGCACUGCAGACCAUCAAAACAAUGUGUGUGCACGGUUAACCUGUUUGGACAAGCCGCAUCCCCACAGUUCCUCUCUUUGGAUUUAAGUGACCCAUCCAUACUGUCAAAGGCAGGACAGAAGACAAAUCCAUAAUUUUGACUUGUAUAAAUGACACUAAGCAUUUAAAUACUGUCAAGAUGUUUUCCGCUCUGAAGAAACUUGUUGGGUCUGAGGGUCAGCUGAGGGACAAGAACAUCCCGGCUGGCCUCCAGUCCAUGAACCAGAGUCUCCAGAGGCGCUUUGCCAAGGGAGUGCAGUACAACAUGAAGAUAGUGAUCCGCGGAGACCGCAACACGGGCAAGAGUGCACUGUGGCACCGACUGCAGGGGAAGAAGUUUAUAGAGGAGUACAUCCCUACCCAGGAGAUCCAGGUCACCAGCAUACACUGGAACUACAAAACUACAGACGACGUGGUGAAGGUUGAGGUGUGGGACGUGGUAGACAAAGGGAAAGGCAAAAAGCGAGGAGACAACCUGAAAUUGGAAAACGAACCUCAGGAGUCGGAAGCCGAGAUGGCCCUGGACGCGGAGUUCCUGGAUGUGUAUAAGAACUGUAACGGCGUGAUCAUGAUGUUUGACAUCACUAAGCAGUGGACCUUCAAUUACAUCAUUCGGGAGCUGCCCAAGGUGCCCACGCAUGUGCCCGUGUGUGUGCUUGGCAACCAGAGGGACAUGGGAGAGCACCGCGUCAUCCUGCCCGACGACACACGCGACUUCAUCUCCAGCCUCAACAGGCCUCCAGGCUCCUCGUACAUCCACUACGCUGAGUCGUCCAUGAGGAACGGCUUUGGCCUGAAGUACCUCCACCGCUUCUUCAACAUCCCCUUCCUGCAGCUACAGAGAGAGACCCUCCUGAGGCAGCUGGAGACUAACCAACUGGAUAUUGACGCAACUCUGGAGGAGCUGAACGUGCAGCAGGAGACAGAGGACCAGAACUAUGAAAUAUUCCUGGAGAUGAUGGAGACCCGUGGUAAGGGCUUCAACUCUCCGGGCCCCACCAACGGCCAGAGCCCCUCGUCAGGCUCCCAGUCCCCCGUGGUGCCCCCAGGCACCGCCUCACCCAGUGUCUCCACCCCCAGCACCCCACAGGGCCCCCUGCCCCCACCGCAGACACAGCCCAUCCCUGUGCCCCACCCCAGCGGCCCCCACGCUCCCCCCGCGGCCCCACCCAAGGCCGUCCUGAAGACGCAGGCAGCGUCCCAGGCGGCGUCCCCUCCGGCCAGGCCUGUGAAGCCUGCUCCUCCUCCCCGCGCUGCUGCUGCUGCUGCUGCUGCUGCUCCUGCCUCCUCCCCUGCAGCUGCGGCUCCAUCACCACCCAGCGCUGCGGCCGGCGCACCCCAGAAACGAGGCGGCUUCAUGUCGCGACUGUUUGGAGGCUCAGCCGCUCCAGAGCACGCAGCCGAGAAACCAGACUCAGGGGCUCCAGGCGCUGUGCGUCCCUCUGGCAAGGUGCAGAGUGUGGACGACUUCGUGCCAGAGGUGGGCCUGGACAAGAGCUUCUUGGAGGAUGGCGGCUCCAGCGCUGCCAAGUCCAGAGACAGGGGCCGGGCAGCGGCUACGCUGGACAGCGACAGUGAUGGUGAGGGCAGAGGUGGUAACCCCCUGGUCUCAGGUUUCCAAGACGACCUGGACCCUGAUGACCGAGAGUCUGCUGCGAAACCACUGCCACCGGCGGCAGCAGCGAGUCUGGGCGUGACGCUCAGCAGUGACGAGGAGGACAAUGCCAAGCCCUCUACAGCUGCGGCGGCCAUGGGAAUGGACUCAAUGGGGUUCUCCAUGAACUCGGUGCUGAAUCCCCAGCCGGCCAAGACCAAAGCGGCCGAGAGACCGGCCAGCCUGAAGACCAAGUCAGCCUCGCCUGCCCAGAAGAGGCCGAGUAAGAAGGCAGCAGCCGCUGCUGCUGCAGCAGCAGAGUCCUCCGAGUCGGAGCACGAGGGCCCUGUGGCCCAGCAGAUGCUCUCCUUCGUCAUGGACGACCCGGACUUCGACAGCGAGGACCAGGAGGUCACAAAACCCAAGAAGAAGAACUCAUUUGCAGUGCCGGAUGACCUCUCCGAUAAGUCAGAUGACUGUUUCGGCCUGUCGGGCCUGCCCGAGCCGCCCAAGGCCAGCGCUGCUCCAUCCCUCAAGGGCCUGAACAGUGACCUUGACCUCUUCGGCCUGGGCUUCGACGAGGCGCCGUCCAAGAGCAAAGACAGCAGCGAGGAAGACAACGAAAGCAGACACUCGGGGAAGGAGAAGAAGAAGAAGAAAAAGAAGAGUAAAGAGGAGGAGGAGAAGAGUAGCAGCAAGAAACGACACAAACAUAAGAAGAAAGAGAGGGAAGACUCAGGAACGGGAGACGAGAAGGAUAAGGAAAAAGAGAAGGAAAAGGAAAAGAAGAAGAAGAAGUCGUCAUCGAAGACCAAGAAGACGUCCAAAGUGGACGACCUGGAAGCCUUCCUGGCCGGAGGGGACUCGCUUAACCUGGGCGGGGGCGGAGACUACGAAGAGCUCUAGAACUCUCAAGCAUCCAAUCAGGGUUUUCCGCUAUUUCUUUUUUUGUUUUUGUUUUUUUCUCAACCCCACUUCAGGGGUUUCGCCACGACUUUUCGUCAUGUCAGAUUCAUCUCAUUUUUCCAAACUCUGUUGUGCCUACAUUUGUUUCUUUUUUCCCCCCAAAAUGUCCUUGUGUUUUUCUGUCCUUUUCCCCUCAUCACAUGGGGAAUAUUUUCUCAGAUGUACCGAUAGAUCCUUUGGUCAGUUGACAUACAGUUAGUUGGAAGGCAUGUUUUUUUUCCAUUUUCCCCCCACAAGGAAAUACUUUAUUCAGACUAUAGUUAAAGCCAUUUCAAAUUCCAAGUGAAAUACUUCUUCAACCUCUCAGUUUAGUAAAUGCACUCCAUCAGGUAUUACACUCAAAUGAGUUUUUCCUACAGUUAACCUUCCUAGCAGAACAAUAUCAUUGUGUCCCACACAGACACACACACUUCAGUCUCUGCCGAGUGUUUUGUGCUGCUAACAUUAACCGUCUUCCUCACUUCAGUUUGAACAACAACAAGGAAACAUAUGCAUGAAGCACUUAGUGAAACAAACCUCUCCCAAUGGCAACUCUCUGUUUGUCCACGUGGAUUUGUUUUUUUUUUCUCCCAUGGCCUCUCUCUUGGAUUUUUUCCCCCAUUGAUCCAAUGCCUUAAACUAAAGCCUAACAAUUUACACCAUCAGGACCGAAGCCUUUCUACAACAGCACACUAGAGUGCUGUUUGUAGCUUACAGUAACACACAGCCAACCGAUGCUAAACACACAGCAAUUUACAUGACUUUGGCUCAGAUUUGAAACCUUUCACCCUUUCUUAGUGUUGGAAAAAAAUAGUUACCGGUAAGUGGAAAGAGGCUGGUUGUCCCAUUUUUAACUUUUAACUCCUCAUUUUCUUUUGUAUCCAUAGAAGCUAAUUUUUAGGCUGGCAGAAAGUUAAAGAAAAAAAAAACUAGGCCAUCAUGGUGUUAGUUUUGAUGUCAUCUCUGCCCACAUUUGUUCAAAUCUUCCUGGAGAAAAUCUGACGAGUUGGCAUUUUUAUUUACUGUACACACUAACUAAUUCCAUUCCACCACUACCAUUCCAUUGCUUUCUUCACAAAGUUUACGAAAUUGAUUCUGUGGGGUUUUCCACCAAGUUACAAUACUCACUUCCACCAAUUGAGAGAGCUUGAAGCUGGUCAGUGUGUAUUCCUUCCGUUAUCCAAACUUAUACUUGGGCUCAAAGCUGACCAGCUGGACAUCUGAUUGUUACCACCUCUAGGAGCGUUCUAGAUAUGGUCAUCCCUUCCAUGGAAGAAGGGAGGGAAAGAAUAUAUUUAUUAAGAUGUAAAGCAAAUGAAAUGUCGGAAUAUGUUGAAAUCCAUAUCCUAUUUUGAAUACACACAUUUCUACCAUUUCAUAUUUAUUUAUUUUUGUUGUCUAUUUUGACGUGUGGAGAAAAUAUUUUGGGACAUUGUGUGAGUUUACAUAGUGAUGUAUUCAUGAAUGCAAAUGAUAUGCACAGAUAUUUGUGAACACCUUUGCACCGCCUGUCUGAACACAAGAGGUCUCCCCAGGUGACCCAUGUCGUUUUUUUUUUGUUUUUUUUCCUUUUUUUCAUUCCUCUCAUGACUGCUUCUGCUCCCUCUCCCUGGCCUUCCCUCCCUACUUCACAUGUUGGGAGGCUAUUUUUAAACACUUAAAAAACGGCCUCUCUCUCUCUC